AUGGCAGGCGAAUACGAUCCCACGGAGAAUUCCAAAGUCAAGUAUUCAUACAAGCUACCCGAUGUCCCCGGCAAGACCGUCGUUGGUAUUUAUACUAUACUCCCAGCAAACGGCGCAACUCCACCUCACACCCACAAAAAUGCCUCUAUCACCUCAUAUGUCAUCAGCGGUACUUAUCGAGGCGCAUUGAACAAUGGCGAGCCGUUUAUAUUCCAUGGAGGCCAGGCCUGGUUUGAGGUUCCACAAGACCAUGUCACGCUCAGCGAAAAUCCGAGCAAAACGGAGGCAGCUAUUUUCCUCUCUACGGUUGUUAUAGAUUCGAAGCUUUAUGACGAGCAGGGAGAUGAUGCACUCUACAAGAUUGAUCCACCAUACAACUGA